CCCGCAUUUUUAUAGCAAUUUAGCAAAAUUUUGUAGGAAAUUGUCCGACUGUGAUUGUAAUUCGUAAUUGUUCAAUAAAAAAUGGGCAGUAAAUUGUUUAACAAACUUUUGCUGAUUGCCGGAUUUGCCAGCUUGGCGCACGCAGCAUUUUCUGCUGCUCAUCAUCGCACCUAUUUGAGGCUGACGGAGCAGGAAUGGACUAGCCUUCCAUUAGAUAUUAUCCUGCAGACCGUCAUCAGUUUGGUGAUUGUGAUUUACAACAUUAUUGAGGUGGUUGGUAACUUCAAGGAGAUCCGUGCUACCGUGGACAUGCAACAGAAAACUUGGGACACCUUGGGCAACUUCCCCUCGUUCUACUCCUUUAAUCACCGCGGUCGUGCCUUGAAUCCUGGCUAUACGCCCCCGGAAUAAGUUUUAAGUUCUGCUAGCCCUUUAUUUAUAGUCUCUGCAAGUUACAAUAUAGAUAAUGCUAAAAAUCAAGUAA